AUGAACGACGCCGCAGACACAGAUACUCCUCCAUCUCUUUGCUACUCGUCUUCUAUUAGCGACCACGAUCACCUGUCUACCAGCGAAUCGACCCCCAUCAGCACUCCUGUGGGCUUUGGCGCAACUUCCUCCUACCCACGCAAACUUUCAAGUCGCAAAAAGGACUCUUUUACCUGGAACCCCAAAGCUUCCAGAGAUUCUCAUAACCGCCCUCUUUAUCUGGACUCGACUCUUGUAGAGACCGACGGCGAAGAUCCCGCCGACGUCUCGCACUUGCCCUUGUUUCAGUCGCCAUCACCAGGACAGACCGAUACAAUGAACGGCCAACAAUCCCCUUUCGAUCUCUCCGCUCGGCAGACAUCAGUCUCACCACCAGGCCAACAAGCAUCUAAUUUGACCUCGGCGCUUCAAAAAGCCGCCAACAAUGAUCGCGCCGGCAAUUCUUCGGUCCCUACCGCUAGCAACGCAAGCGCUGUCUAUAAGGCAGCAGCUGCUCGAAAAGACUCUUUGAGCGCAAGCAUGUCCCAAUGGGGAAAUGGAACGAAGCCCAUCUCAGUGAUGGGUUCAAACAGAGAGAAACCUCGUCGCGAAUCUUUAGCCGGUAGUUUGGUCGGUGGUAUGAGCUGGGGCGGAGUUUCUGUUGGAAGUUGGAUACGAGACGAUAUCAUCAUGACCGGCACUUCCCCGUUCACAUUCCAAUCUCCAUCUUUCCAUUCUUCCUCAUACCUGCCGAAAUUGGAAGCGAAUUUCAUGCGUGACUUUUUCUGCUGUGGGCUCACUCUACCGUCAUUGCAUGAUUUGCUGCAACAUUAUGAAGAAGCACAUGCGCAGAAAACUACACAGGGUGGACAACGCCCUAGCCAAGGCGAUAAUCGAGCCGCGAUUAUGGCUGCAGCCGCUGCCGUGGCACAAUCUCAAGGUCAGUCAAAUAUGGGUCAAAACAGCGGAAUGCAGCAAGACCGUUCGCCGAACGGACAGUCAAAAUUCAAUCCAAAUCAGACUAUCGACACGAAUGCCUUCACAUCAACACAGCCCACUCUAGAUUUGGACACAAUCGACGAUAUGGAGAUGGAUGACGCAAUGGGCUUAUCGGACUCGACUUCUCAAAUGUUUUCUACACAGAUGCCAACCACACAGGGAGGAUACAAUCCCAACCAGAGGGUGCCUCAACUAAACCUCAGCAUGCUUCAAGGUCAAGGUCUUCGCGGCUCACAGCCCGGCACACCCAUCGCUCCCGCCCACACGCUACUACAAAAUAACCCUACUGUAUCCUCCGUAAACACUCCAACCUUAUCGUCGAACCCUCUGCAGAAUUCGCAAUUCCGCAACACUCCAGAUUCAUCUGGGCCCGGUACUCCGGCCGAGCUCGACGACACCGUCAUCGGAGGUUUCGGUGAUUUGACCAUGCAGGGUGGUGUUCUACCGCAGAACGGACAGUUUCCAGGGUUUGGGGGAGGUAAUGAUAUGGUCGAUCUAUGCAUUGAUGAGCCUGCAAAACGUCUCUUCAGUCCCAACGGAGGGUUUGGAGGGCAAAGUUCGCAAACCCAUCUCAAAUUAGGCAAUAGUCAAUACGGUCCUAACAGCGAAGUAGCCCGACGAAUCCGAGAACAACAAAUGCUCGCCGGCGUGCCCGAUACUUCGUUAGCCAGCAUGUUUCCGAAUGAAGAGCCCAAGCCUUUCAGAUGUCCUGUCAUCGGUUGCGAGAAAGCAUACAAGAACCAGAAUGGGUUGAAGUACCACAAAGCGCACGGUCACAACAAUCAACAACUCCACGAAAACGGCGACGGUACCUUCUCGAUAGUCAAUCCGGAGACGUCAGCGCCAUACCCUGGUACAAUGGGAAUGGAGAAAGAGAAGCCAUAUCGUUGUGAGGUUUGUGGCAAGCGGUACAAGAACCUUAACGGACUCAAGUAUCACAAAUCUCACUCUCCACCAUGCAAUCCCGAUCUUCAACUCGCCGGUCGCGGGUUGGCCGUUGGUGGUGUCAUGCAAGGUCAGAACAUUAAUGUCGCCGGUGCCGGGUUGCCAGGUAUCGGUGAAGAGGGGUUGAUGUAA